AUGGCCCUGAAGGCCGAAGGCGCCGCACUCGACUGCUUCGAGGUGACACUCAAAUGCGAGGAAGGGGAGGACGAGGAGGAGGCCGUGGUGGUGGCCGUAAUUCCGCGGCCCGAGCCGAUGCUCAGAGUGGCCCACCAGGAGAAGACCCCACCGCCUAGGCCCAGCCUGCUGGAGGCGGGCGGCAACAGCUGUGAGGAGCCCAGGCAGCAGGUGUCUUGGGAGCAGGAGUUCCUGGUGGGGAACAGCCCAGGAGGCAGCGGACGGACGCUGUGCAUGGUGUGCGGGGCGGAGAUCUGCUUCCCCUCGGCGGACACGGCGCGCGCGCACAUCCUGGAGCAGCAUCCUCAUACCCUGGACCUGAGCCCUUCUGAGAAGAGCAACAUCCUGGAGGCCUGGAGCGAAGGCGUGGCCCUUUUGCAAGAUGUCAGAGCUGAGCAGCCAUCCCCGCCCAACUCAGACUCGGGCCAGGAUGUCAGCGCAGACCCCGACUCCGCUCCAGACCCCGCCAGGAUGCCAGCAGAGAUUGUCGUUCUCCUUGACUCUGAGGACAGCACCUCCCUCCCUAGAAGGACGAGGCCCAGGGGACUCCGCCCCCUUGAGCUUCCUGCUGCCCCUCCCACAGAGCCAGUAAAUAAGAAGCCCCGUGGUCAGAGAUGGAGGGAGCCCCCUGAGGAAGAGCCAGUCAGAAAGAAAAGAGGCAGAUCCAUGACCAAAAGCCUGGACCUGGACCCAGACCCUGACCCAGACCCCCCAUCACCUGACUCACCCACAGAGACUUUCGCGGCUCCCACCGAGGUCCGACACUUCACCGACGGCACCUUCCCUCCCGGCUUCGUCCUCCAGCUCUUUUCCCACACCCAGCUAAGGACCUCAGACAGCAGGGACUCGCCCAAAGAGGGGCCGGCAGCCGCAGGAGGCCUUCCGCAGCCGGAAAGCCCCUCUCCAGGUCCCCCUCCGGGGCUUCGCGGGACGCUGGACCUGCAGGUUAUCCGCGUGAUGGAGGAGCCCCCGGCAGUCAGCCUGCUGCACGACUGGUCCAGGCAUCCCCCGGGGACCAAGGGUGCGGGAGCAGGUGACAGCCCCGACUGGCCCGCGGUUCUGUGGGAACCUAGCGCCCCUGUUGGGGGCAGCAAGGGCAGGGCGUGGUGCGUAGGUUCCCGCUCUCCCGGGGAAGAGGGUGGAGGAGGCGGUGUCCCUUUGGGCAUCUCAGAGCUGCCUGCUCUGCCACCUGAUGCAGAGUAAAACCAGGUGCCAAGGCAGGGUGGAGGAGAGGAAGGGGGCAGCACCCGCUGUUCGCCAGGGGCACAGAAACCCGUCUGCCCAGCGAGUUGGGCAGGGGUGGCUGAGGCUGCCGUGUGGUAGGGCACUGGGCCUGGGGAGAACACCUGUCCUUUUGCUUACUCAGACCUCUCUGUCCCCUGACCCCUCCCCGCCCCUCCCAGCCCCCACCAGUCUCCCUCGGCACAGUGCCUUACAGUAGAAGGAGGUGGUCAUCACGGGGUUUGAGCUGAGUCCCGCUACCUCGGGGGACACCUCUCUUCCCCCACCUGUUCAGGCUCCUAAGCCAGGAGGCCU